UACCACGGUCCAUGGCUGCCUGACUCACGCGCCCAUUCAUCAUCUUCUCCGUUCCCCUACACCCCCUCUUCCUCGCCUCCGGCCACCGGCGCCGAACAGAGGGAGAGCUCCGGGGAUUCGCUCCAGAAAAUUGUACCUUGGAACACUGAGAUUUUACCGUCUUUGUCGGUGAAUGCGCAAAAAUGACGCCACCUCAAGAUCCAUUUUAUAUCGUUAAAGAGGAAAUUCAGGAUUCUAUUGAUAAACUUCAAGCUACUUUUCGCCAAUGGGAGCAGACCCCUUCAGACACUGGAGAGCAUGUUCAUCUAAGCAAAGAGCUCCUUGCCAGCUGUGAAAGCCUUGAGUGGCAGGUGGAAGAAUUGGACAAGGCAAUUGCAGUGGCAGCAAGAGACCCAGCUUGGUAUGGCCUUGAUGAAGUUGAACUUGAAAAACGGAGAAAAUGGACUAGUACCGCACAUAAUCAGGUUGGUAUUGUGAGGAGAGCUGUGGAAGCUGGAAAGGAGAAGAGCAGUUCAAUCAAUGGUAUGCGUCAAGAGCUGAUGAGACUUCCUAAUGAUCAUGCUUCUCAAGCAGGCAGAUCAAACCACUUCAUUGCCGACAAUGAUGAUUUUAUCUCUUCAGAAUCUGAUCGGCAGCUGCUCCUAAUAAAGCAACAAGAUGAGGAGCUGGAUGAGCUCAGUGCCAGUGUUCAGAGACUAGGUGGUGUAGGGCUUACCAUACAUGAUGAGCUUGUUGGACAGGAAAGAAUAUUGGAUGACCUAAGCAUGGAAAUGGAAACUACUUCAAAUAGGCUUGAUUUUGUUCAGCACUUGAAUGCUCCAAUUUCUGAUAAAUGUGAUAGUGAAUGAUUUAUGUCAAUUUGAGCAUUCACAACAGAAGUUCACUCCAGGAAGUCAAUUCCAGUCACAGAGCUUAUUGCACUUUAGUUGACUAGCUGCAAUGCAACGUGAUGCAGGUAAUAUGACAUGUAUUUAUGUUUCAGCUGGGAUUCAUGCACUGCGUGUGAAAUUUUAGGACCUUAUUCAAAAUGAAUAUAGGUUGAGAUUUUGGUGGGGACUGAGAUGGUGGUCAAAAGGCCGAUGCCAAUCUCACCGCCCGGUGGACUCGGAGGGAAUUACGUCGAACCGGUGUGAUUGCAUGUCCUUGACUCUCGUUUUCUUGGGGUUGACUGGUGGUAUAAGUUUUGGAAAUUGGAGAGGGCUAGCGCUUAUGUAAGA